GAAAAACUUCCGCGAGUAUAGAAAAAAGAAAAAGAAAAAAGUAACAAAUACUACAGUUCCUUGACUUUCGAUCGAAUUUUUAAUAUAUCGAUCAAAAAUUUGCAAAUCGAAAUAGGAUAUUUACAUACAGAGAUAAUUCUUUCAUACAAAUACGUCCACAUCAAUUUGAUAUUAGUUUUUCGAGAAAACAUAAAACAAAAAAAUUUUUCAAUUUAAUUUUUAUUCGAGCGUUACGAUUAUUAUUAAUUUAGUCCCCUUUAGCAUGACAGACAGUUUAAAACAAAAAAGAAAAUGAAUAAAGAACACGUUUUUGUAUUUUUGUAUUUUUUAAAUUAAAAAAAAAGUUUUUUCUUCGAAGUAAUAUAUAAAACAUUCGUAUUAUUUUAGAUCAUACUUAACAUUCUGUUAUUUGGAAUGUAAAAUAAUAAUUUUCCCCUUGGCUAGACUUUAUCGUCAAUUUUUUAGGAAAGUGUAAAAAUAUCGUAAAACUUUAUUUUUUACAUUUAGGAAAGUGUAAUUUUUUUAACCUGACUGGAUUUCGAGACUGCCCGUCGGAUCCGUAGAAUAGCAAGUUACCAUCGCGCCAUCUGAAUACAUAGAACACGGGACACAGAACACGGAUCACAAUCAUAAAUCAAUCAAUCAAUCAAUGUAUUUCCAGUUUCAUCAAUUUCACAGUUGCCCUCUCACUCUAUACUUCACGUCGAUCGUACAUCGUACAUAGUAUUUGUUACUUCUUUCUUUCUCUCUUCUUCACAUUCGUUUAAAGCCUUUUAACUUUUUUUGAUAACUUAUAUUUCUACAAGUUUAGAUCACUAAAUUUUCAUUCGGAUCAUAAAGAGCAAUUGUACAAAAUUUUAUUUAAAUUGCAAAUAAAUAGUAAUAAUUUUUGAGAAAUUGUGAACACACAGAUUAAGACUUUUAUAUUAAUAAUAAUUCGCAAGAGACUAUUAGAAUACGGGUGUAAAAUUUUUUAAAAUCGGCAACCCCAGUUAACAACGAGGUAUAAGAUCUUGUCUAUUUUCAGGGGCAACACAAACGUUCGUAGAAUGUAUCACUUUUUUGAUGUAUCAAUCAAGCUUUAGGAGAUAUUUAUGUAAUACUUAAAAAUUAGUUUUAUAUUGUUAAUCAUCCGUUACGAUCGAGUUGUACUAUCAAUCGAUCUCUAUAACUGUCGAUACUCGUUAACUUCAGAUCCAUGAUAAAAUCACGAACAAAAUAAUAAUAAUAAUCUAUAACAAAAUCAUGUCUCAAAAUUACAAGUAAAUUUAAUAAAUUCAUCAGAUAUGUUUCUAUCAUUAUAUAUUAAACAUUCAUGCAAUUACAAUAAAAAAAGACAAGGAUUAAUCUAUUAUCAAUUUAAUAAUUAACAUGUUAGACGAUAGCAAUGCAAUGUCGCAAAUGAAUCCUUGUCAAUCAAGAGUACCUUUACAACCUAAUCAAAAUAAUUUUCAAACAUAUCAGCAAACGAAUAAUCAACAAAGCACGCAAUGCUCCGGCUGCCCUGGGAAUUCUCAAGGUAACUCUAUCGGGGAAUCUUCGUAACUCGUUCGUUCGUUCGUUCGUUCGUUCGUUCGUUCGUUCGAUCGAUUAUUCGAAUGGAACUUAUUCGCUCCAGGACAAUAUAUGCAGGGUCCGUUCGGUCAAUUUUAUCAACAAGAAAACUAUUCGUCAGCACAAUAUCCCUGUACAACGCAACUGCCAAAUAAUACGACUAAUUUCUGUCAAGGGAUUCCUUGUCAAAAUACAAUGUCACCUAUGCAGACGCAAGCGAAUAAUUGCGGAUCUCUACCACAAAAUAUAAUCGAUCAGAUUCGUUCAUGCAUCCCUAACACAGCACCGAUCUUUAUUAUUCCUGGUGGUUGCCAGCAACCGUUGGUAACAACUACUCAACAAGCACCUCCAAUUCCUGAUAUAUUAAAUCCUUUGACAAGUUCGAAUAAACAAUCAAAUUAUAUUCCUUCUCCUUUAUCACCGAUCUAUCCACCUUUCUUUUAUCCCUAUCCAAUUCCUUUUCCUUUAUUCGAUCCGUAUGGAACUCGAUCUAACGAACAGCAAAAAAAUUGUGGUUGUUCUUCGAAAGGCAAUGGCGAAAUCACAGGACCGAAACAAUUUCCUGCAUUACCUUAUCCCCAUAGCUCUUAUUACGAGGAAGAACAUCGUUGUACUAAUACCACAGAUGACACGAUCUGUUCGAAAAGAAAUUGUCCCUCAGCAAUCAGUCUUCAAGCUUUGGCAUCUCAGUUAUUGUCCAUACAAGGUAUCAUUUCUUGCACAGCUACCCGAUUACUUCUCAGAAAGAUACCAGGAUCGAAUAUAACCACGACGAUGGAGGAUACCAUGGAGAGAGCUCAAAGAUCUAUCAACGCUCUCAACAAGGAUCAAUUAUUGGGCGAGUCUAGGAACUCUCAGCAAGUGAACGCUCUGAUAAAUCUUCACAUGACCGCAAAUCCACCAGCCAACAUAAUUCCGAUCCUAACGUUGGUCCAGCUUAAAGUAAACGUUUUAAAGGCACAGGUGGAAAACCUGAUCAAUACAAAACUGAUGGAAACUCAGGGUUUGGAGAUAGAAGCAACCGAUUCGAUAGAUCCAACUAUUCUUGCUCUGAAGACCGAUGCCGAACUCCGUGAAUUCCUUGUAAUUUUAAAACAAAAGGAAUGCGACGAAAGAGUGAACCUGAAUUUUGCACCUUAUCGUUCUCAGCGGGUCAUCGCUGAGAGCAGAUUGAGUAACGUUCAGAAAAAGAUUCAACAGAUCGAAGUUGAAUUCGAAAGAAGAAGAUGCAACGUUGCACCGUCUAUAUCGUUGUCUUCUAGAAUCGUACGAGAAUUUGCCGAAACACCGGGUAAUUUUUCGAGCCAUUCAGGUUAUCCAGAUCUUACAAUAUCGAAAAGAAAGACGAUAGAAUCACGGGAAUCUCCGGAUCCUUUCGCGAUUACGUUCAAAUCUCCAAGAAAACUUCGACUGAAACCACAUGUCGGUAGUCCCGAAACAACCUACGAUUAUUCGAACAAAAAGAAAGACCAGGUGAAAACCACGUGCAAUGACAAAGGUUCUCAGAUAGAAUCAAAAACGAAAGAGAAAAAACGAACUGAUCGUACCAACCUUAAAAAUUGUAACUGUUACGAUGAAAGUUCCUCUGAUGAGAGUUCAGAAGAGGAUAAAAAAAAAAAACUUCAACUACAAAUCGACAAGAGAGGAAAUGUGACUGUGACUAGCGAGGCUAAACUAAAGAAUGUGUCCUUCAUGAAGUUGGCAUCAAACGUUUCUCUUCGAACGGUAAAGCCAAGCGACGUUUUCGAAAAGAGAGAUCGUAAAGUGAAACCUAGUCGAACCGAGAUAGAUUCGAAUGAUAUCCGUGAACCGUCCUUGCCUACUGUUCCGAAGGUCGAAGAAAUCUCUGAGGUUACAGAAACUGAUGAGCCCUCUGUUAGCGCCGAUGUCGAUCUUGUGCCAGAUGUGAAACCGUACGAUACGGUUGGUGAAAAGAAAAGGGAAAGUAUCGAGAGUGCGGAGUUAACUUUGGACGAAUUCAAGGACGAUGCCGACAAGGACAAAAAAGAGGAAACGAAAGUUUCUAUAUCCAAUGUUAAUAUAACCGAUGAAGAAAAGAUUAAAAAGAUCGUUAAUUUGUCACAUUUUAAAGAAUUAACUCCUUCGAAUGAUAAAGAGGUUCAAAUUCCUGAGAGUAAGUUAGAUAAGACAAGUGCGAGUAUCGAAGAAGGCGUAAUAGAAGUUGAUAAGAUAAAGACCAAUGCGUUAACCGAGGAAUCGCGAAAGAAAAUUUCGACGAACGAUUUCGAAGAAAAAUUAUACACCGUAAAAGAAGAAAAAAUCGACGAUAUCCCAAAAUCAAAAACGACAAAAACGGAGAGAAUGAUGGAAGUUGACAGUCCUAAGAAAACUUUCGUAACCACGACGAGUAUAAAAAUCGAACCUACGAAGAUUGACGAGGAAUAUAUCGAUGAACCUACGGCGGGAAAUUCGAAAGUCGCCGAUGAACUUUCUGUUAAACCAAAGAAAACAUUCCUGACGACUUUGAAGAUUGGUAAUUCGAUAAAACCAGAAAUUAAAGAUGAAACGAAGACAACGAUCGAAGUUGAAAGUCCUAAAAAAACAUUCAUAAGCACGGCAAGUAUAAAAAUCGAACCUCCAAAGAUUGACGAAGAAUAUAUCGAUGAAUCCAUAGCAGGAAAUUCGAAAAUCUCCGAUGAACUUUCUGAAAAACCAAAGAAAACAUUUCUGACUACUUUGAAAAUCGGUAAUUCGAUAAAACCCGAAAUUAAAGACGAAACGAAGAGAACGAUCGAAGUUGAAAGUCCUAAGAAAACGUUCAUAAGCACGGCAAGUAUAAAAAUCGAACCUCCAAAGAUUGAUGAAGAAUAUAUCGAUGAAUCUAUAGCAGGAAGUUCGAAAAUCUCCGAGGAACUUUCUGAAAAACCAAAGAAAACAUUUCUGACGACUUUAAAAGUUGGUAAUUCGGAAAAACCAGAAAUUAAAAACGAAAGGGAGAAGACGAUUGAAGUUGGAAAACCUAAGAAAACGUUUAUAAGCACGGCAAGUAUAAAAAUCGAACCUCCAAAGAUUGACGAAGAAUAUAUCGAUGAACCUAUGGCAGAAAGUUCGAAAAUCUCCGAGGAACUUUCUGAAAAACCAAAGAAAACAUUUCUGACGACUUUGAAAAUUGGUAAUUCGGUAAAACCAGAAAUUAAAAAUGAAAAGGAGAAGACGAUUGAAGUUGGAAGACCUAAGAAAACGUUCAUAAGCACGGCAAGUAUAAAAAUCGAACCUCCAAAAAUUGACGAAGAAUAUAUCGAUGAACUUAUGGUAGAAAGUUCGAAAAUCUCCGAUGAACUUUCUGAAAAACCAAAGAAAACAUUUCUGACGACUUUGAAAAGUAGUAAUUCGGUAAAACCAGAAAUUAAAGAUGAAACGAAGAGAACGAUCGAAGUUGAGAGUCCUAAGAAAACAUUCAUAAGCACGGCAAGUAUAAAAAUCGAACCUCCAAAGAUUGACGAAGAAUAUAUCGAUGAAUCUAUAGCAGGAAGUUCGAAAAUCUCCGAUGAACUUUCUGAAAAACCAAAGAAAACAUUUCUGACUACUUUGAAAAUCGGUAAUUCGAUAAAACCCGAAAUUAAAGACGAAACGAAGAGGACGAUCGAAGUUGAAAGUCCUAAGAAAACGUUCAUAAGCACGGCAAGUAUAAAAAUCGAACCUCCAAAGAUUGACGAAGAAUAUAUCGAUGAAUCUAUAGCAGGAAGUUCGAAAAUCUCCGAUGAACUUUCUGAAAAACCAAAGAAAACAUUUCUGACUACUUUGAAAAUCGGUAAUUCGAUAAAACCCGAAAUUAAAGACGAAAAUGAGAAAACGAUCGAAAACAGAGAUUCUAAAAAAACAUUCGUAACAAAGGCAUUCAUCAAAGUCGAACCAGAGGAUUAUGAAGAGAAACAAUUAAAGACAAAACUAUUUAAAAUCAAUCCAAUAGAAAUGAGAAUAAAUCUGAACAAUAAAGAAGGUUAUGAAAAUCAUGAAAGGGAAAACGUGAAAGUUCAGUCGGGAAAAUCAUCUAGCAGUUUAUAUAAGUCAACUGUGAAUUUCGUUUUGAAAGGAACUGAUGAAAAUGAUCUGAAGAAGAGCGUAGGUACGAAUACUAUCGCGACAAUAUCGAUAGGAAAGAAAGAAGAUGAAGUGAAAGAGAAGGAAAAAUCGGACGUAGGAACAAACGAAAAGAUCGUAUCGGUGUUGACGGAGAUUAAAUACGACGAACCCGAAGCAAUCGCCGAGCUAUUUCGAAGCGCGUUGACUCGAAAUUUUCAGUUGGAUAACGAUAUCGUCGAUCGAUCCUGCGAAUCGAAAUACGAAAGCUCGGAAACAGGGAACUGUUAUACGAUGGCUUUAUCGUUCCCAGAAAAUCGCUUCCCAUGGAGAAUCGAUAUCAAGAAGCACGAGAACGGUAUAAAACAUUUGAAUAAUCAAAGCCGAGAUGCUGAAAAUACAUUUUAUCCGGAGGAAACAUGGAGCAAACUAAAUACAUGCAAGUAUAAUACUGAAACGACAAGAUUUCCGUUCGUAAAUUUCGAUCGUGAUACUUCGAAUAUUACCAUCCAAAAUAACAAAGGUAUAUUAUCAGAAAUAAUCUCUUUAAUGAGUAAUCAGAUAUCAUAUUUCGGUAGUGCGAUCAAUAAAAUCCCGUUAUUCAGAAAUAUUCCAUUGAGUUUUGAUGGAUCCGUGCUUGAUAAGAUUAAUUUGACAUCGAGUAAUUAUUAUUCGAAGAAUAGGUCGAAAGAUUUCGAAAAGAUUUGGGCCAAUCCUUGCAAAGAAUAUCUUGCAAUAUUCGAAGACGUAAGGAAGCUCGACGAUGAUGAAAUAGAAAAUCUUGAUUGUUUUGUAGCGUCCAAUUCGAAACGAUCGAUUAAAAAGUUAGAUAAAAAGGUACAACGCGUUAUCAGGAAUGGCUCGUCACGUAUACCAAGGAAAGACGAUAACAAAGAGAUACGAGAUAGGUUGAGAUAUAUGAUCAUCAAAGACAAGGAUAAUAAAAAAAGUUAUUUGAUGCCUGAGGAUUCGUUUCGCGGUCACAACUCGCAACCCUAUCCAAGACCAAAUCUUGCUCGACCGUACAAGAUACGAAGAAAUUUGCUGAUCCGUAGUCGUCUCAAAGACUACAACGCGUUCAAACAAAAUCUUCCUCCUUUCACAAUCGUAAAACGAACGCACGUUGGAAACCGGAAAUCUUUUUGUGAUACGACUGAAGAGGAGAAGAGGAGACAAACGUUUUCUCGCGUAAAGAAUGUCAAGAAAGACGAAAACUUCUUUUCCUUGCCUUUGAUAAAGGAAAAGAAUUCGAAAAUUAGUUCUACGCUUGAGAAAUCGUCCACGUCAAAGGCAAUACCCAACGAAUCUGACACAAAGACCACGGUAACUUUCUUUUCAAACGAUUCCUGAGUGUCCAUCGAAAAAAAACGUCACUUUCGAGAUUCAUGAUUAUUGAAAGUACUAUUUUAAAAAUCAACAGAAAAGAAAAAGAAAAAAGAACACCAAUAAUUUCCAAUAAAAUUUUAUCCUAAUUAUUUUUAAUAAAAAAAAGAGAAAAGGGGAAAGAAUAUCUCGAUGAGACAAGAUACAUUAUAAUUUCUUUUUCUUUAUUUAAUAACUUUUACUAUCUCGUCAAAUAAUUGUUUUACCGCUAUAGCCAUUUAAUUAAGAAUUCGAGAAACUUGGCGUAGUUAUAGAUACUACAACAAAAUCCAACAGCCGAAUAUUCGUAUAAUAAUAGAUUUGUUUUUGUAUACUAUAGCGGGAGGAAAAUGAGUGAAAGGAAGGGGGUGAUAUGAAAAAGUAUAUAUGUAUGUAUAUAUCUAUGUUGUAUGACAACGUAUACAUACAUAUAGAAUUUUUCAAUUGUUCGCACACAUACACACGCAACACGCACACGCACACUCGACAAAUACUAAUUUCAAAUUAAACUUUCGGUAUGAUCGUAGAAUCCGCAUCGUUUGUUGCAUUCAAUAAACAUCAGAGUAUAAUUUCACUUUAAUACCUAUAUAGAUAGAAUAUGUGUAUGUGUGUUUGUGUGUGUGUUUGUGUGUGUAUAUAC